CCCUCGCAGGGCUCCCUCUUGAGCGCCCAGCCUUCAAGCAGCAAAGCCGCACUUUCUGUUGUCAGGCAUUAACUGAUUCUGCUAUGCUUUAUGCUUACACCGCAAGGCACCAAGUUUCUGGCAAGAAGAACUGAAAAGAGCCUCCUCACAAUACUGACUGUCAAUGUAAGCUCCUCACCAACCAGCAAGGAGGCAAUCAAAGCAGUCGUAGCCACCUUCAUAGCAGAGAGAUUCCCAUUUCGGCUAGUCCCAAGUAUACGCAUUGGACGUAAUACCGUGGCAACGACAGCUGGGGGCAGUUGGCACUUCUCUAUUGAAGUCUUGGACAUUAAGAUUGUCCUGGACACAGCAGCCCUCCUGGCCACGCAAGGGAUCGUCUGGCUGCCAUCCACAUGGCUAGCAUCCACAGCUUCGGCGGAACUCCAGGAGACCUUCCUUACGAAAGAUAUCAAUGCUAAGCUGGUUGCAGAGUUAUGCACAUCCUUGGCAACAGACAAGCAGCCCCAUGCAACCGACUUCCGAAAUUUGUUAUUGGCACCUUGGAGCACACCGACAGAAGUGGACGGAGCAAGAAGACAGAGGUCGACAAGACAGUCAGCGGAAGGCAUACAUCAGAUCCAACACGCAGCUGCUCAAGACGUGCAGAUACUAGCCCUCCUGCAGGAAACAAAGCUGGACGAGCUUAAACUGCCACAGGCCAAUGCUUGGUGGAAGGGGCCCCAGAUAUGGGCACCAGCGAAUGGAACCAAGGGUGGAUGUGCUAUCUUGAUACAUGGCAACCUGGAGGCCGACGUCAUCAAGCAGGAGGCUGACAUAUGGGGCCAAUGGGCCUGGAUUCGAAUCCGCUUGGGAGCAGAAACUUGGACCAUUAUGACUGUGUAUGUCCCGUCCGAACCAGCAGAGCGGAGAUCCUUCCUGGAGGAGUUCCCUGCCAUCGUUCCAGAGGCAGACAACCUGCAAUUGGCUGGAGAUUUCAACGUAACGCUGUCUCCCGGUUUGGACUCUCCGGAUGUCGCUCCAAGGAAGACCGAUGCAAUCAUGCUGGCGAGCUUCAUGAUGGAGAUGGGGCUUACAGACACCUUUCGGACCACGCAUCCUACUACUUCUGGCUACACAUGGUUCUCUUCCCAGAGAAUCGGAGACAGACCUCCGCCGAAGAGGAGGCAGAAUCUGGUCCUAGCCAAAGGAACCCCAUGGGAAGCUCUAACAACUAUAGAAAAGACAAUUGAGUCAAUGUCCGACCAUAGGCCACUGGUCGCGUCCUUUGAGCUGGCGGACCAACUGAUCCGCGGUUCAGGCACCUUUCGGCUCAAUAUGGACCUCUUGAAUGUCCCGGGCGUCACCGAUUGGAUAACAACACAUUGGAGGGACUGGCAGCGGGCAAAGAGCGGAUUCCAAUCGGAGGAGGAAUGGCUGCAGAUUGGGUUCAGAAUCGUCACCAGAGCGCUGGACACCUUCUCGAGGAUGCCGGCAAGAGGACACAGGCAACAGGAAGAAGAAUGCAGAAGACAGAUUGCAGAAGUAGAGGCGGAAUCGGGAAACGCUCCACUAGCUGAGCUCUAUUCGCAGCACAGGAGAGACAGGUGGUUGCAGAAGUUGGAGGACCUGCAGGUUGAACAACAAAUACUAUGGGCCAAGGGUGCACAGGAAAAGGGCAUGAUCACAACUGACCGCAUGACCAAGGAGACCUUCCAACGAAUUUGCCCGCCACGAGCACACGUGCUGAUGCGGGAACUGCACCACCCGUUCUUCCCAGAAGUUGUUGCAGCCAAGGACUCAGAAGCCAUAGGGGAGUAUGCACUAACUUAUUUCAGUGAUAUUCUCACCUCCAGACGCCAGCCGGAGCAGACCCUGCAGCAACUAAGGGAGGAAAUCGACAUACACAACAGUGAAACUAUCGCCAGAAGCCGCACAACAGUUAGAGCAGCCCAUCACCUUAGAGGGCAGAACUGGGGUAUGAAGUGAAUCCCCCCAGACCUGUCAGAGCGCUACCUGGGCAUCCAGGUCUCCCUGGCAGACGCAAGCCCGAAGCAGCACGCAAUCCUCCAGGCCAAGACACAAACAGGGAUACAGCGCUGCCGUGUAGCUGUGGGAAUCUCACUCCUGGGACGUGCACUCCUGAUUACAUCAGUAGCCUUUGCACAACUCUGGUUCGUUGCCGCAGUCUGCCUCCUAUCCAAGCCUGCAAUCAAGCUCCUAACAUCAG